AGGGAAGCGGGGGGAGAAAAAAGACAGAGAGUGAGAAACAAAUGAGGCUUUUUUUUUAUCUGUGGUGAUCAAGGAAAACCUGUAGGGGUCCUUAAGGAGGUUUCAAGGCGUUCCGAGUGAUUGGAAAGUAAUCACCGUGUCAGCUUCACCUUUCUCAUGCAAAGUGGGUGUCGUAUGCAAGGCGGAUCCUGCACAGGGAUUUUUUUUUUUAAAUCCUGGGACACAACCACCCCCUAAAAACCAGCUGCAACAGCCCCAGGACUUGCUGCUACUGCGGGGAGAGAGGAGAGACGAGAACCAGCCCUGCCUUGCAAGGCGCUAAAGAACCAACCCGUUGCAAAAACAGAAGGGGGAGGGUGUCAGCCCCUCUCCGAUGGCUUAGAUAUUUUCUCCUCCUUUAUCUUUGCAGUUGGAUAAGCCACCCCCACCGGGGAGGAAAGUGUGGGGAAACGGUGGCCCGUCCUGGGGAGCAGGAGAGACCGCUGCACCGACCAAAAGCCGCAUGGGACACGUGGAAGUUGAAGCGGUGACCGCUUGGAUCUAACAAGCCGGCCAAGAGCUCGCGUUCGGCCUGUGCCCGGAGAGAGGGGGCGCGGGGCGGGGAGGAAGCUCUCAGAAGUGGAAGCCUUGGGGGGGGGGAAAGAAAGUUUCUGGGACCCCCGCAGUAAGUUUUGUGCCUCUAUGGCUGGGGGUGGCUCCCGCACGGCUGGCUGUUUGCAAACUGCCCCCCCACCCCCGCUUCUCACCUCCCCCGAGUCCCCUCUCUCCCGGCGCCACCGGGGCUGGAAAAUGACUAGCCUGGACUUUUGCUGAGACCGGCGCGCCGCAGCGGGCUCAUGGCUAGGGGCUGCGCUGACCUGGCUCACGCCGCCUGGGUCUGUCCCACGCUCUGAGCGUCCCUGGCGGAAGUUGGGGGGCGAUGCUCUCCGGCGAGGGAGGCGUGGGGCGGCGGGACUGACCCCCCCGCCGCCUGGUUCGCCUGCGGAAAGGACCCGCGCUCCAGCUGCACGCGGGGCUGGGCGUUGUGUUGUGGCUGCAAACAUGGGGCCGGCGAGGAGGAAGGUCAUGCAAACUCUCUGGCUGUUCUCGCGUCUGGUUUGCUUUUGCACUGGGAUAAGCUCCAUAGACAUUGACCGCCCGGGCGACGGGAGAUGCCAGCCCAUAGAAAUCCCCAUGUGCAAGGAUAUAGGGUACAACAUGACUAGGAUGCCUAACCUGAUGGGACAUGAGAACCAAAGGGAAGCUGCCAUUCAGCUGCAUGAGUUUGCCCCCUUGGUGGAGUAUGGCUGUCACAGCCACUUGAAAUUCUUCCUCUGCUCUCUCUAUGCCCCUAUGUGCACAGAGCAGGUCUCCACGCCAAUCCCAGCCUGUAGGGUUAUGUGUGAGCAGGCCAGGCUGAAAUGCUCUCCCAUCAUGGAACAAUUUAAUUUCAAGUGGCCGGACUCCUUAGACUGCAGCAAAUUGCCCAACAAGAAUGACCCCAAUUACCUAUGCAUGGAAGCCCCUAACAACGGAUCGGAUGAGCCACCCAGAGGCUCCAGCAUGUUGCCACCCAUGUUCAGGCCACAGCGGCCGAGCAAUGGUCAUGAUUUGCAGCAGCACAAGGACAGCCUCGGUAGAGCCACCUGUGAAAAUCCUGGCAAGUUCCACCAUGUGGAAAAGAGUGCUUCCUGUGCCCCACUCUGCACACCCGGGGUUGAUGUUUACUGGAGCAAGGAUGACAAACAGUUUGCUGUCAUCUGGAUUGCCGUCUGGUCCAUCUUGUGUUUCUUUUCCAGUGCUUUCACCGUACUCACUUUUCUGAUAGAUCCCCAGCGCUUCAAAUACCCUGAAAGGCCCAUCAUCUUCCUGUCUAUGUGCUAUUGUGUCUAUUCUGUGGGGUACAUUAUUCGCCUCUUUUCAGGCGCUGAGAGCAUAGCCUGUGACAGAGACAGUGGUCAACUUUAUGUUAUCCAGGAGGGGCUGGAAAGCACUGGAUGCACCAUUGUGUUCCUGGUCCUAUAUUAUUUUGGUAUGGCAAGCUCAUUGUGGUGGGUAAUUUUGACUUUAACUUGGUUUCUGGCUGCUGGGAAGAAAUGGGGUCACGAAGCAAUUGAAGCAAACAGCAGCUACUUUCAUUUGGCAGCAUGGGCCAUUCCAGCUGUGAAGACCAUAAUGAUAUUAGUUAUGAGAAGGGUAGCUGGAGAUGAACUGACAGGAUUGUGCUAUGUUGGAAGCAUGGAUGUAAAUGCCUUGACUGGGUUUGUACUCAUUCCUUUAGCUUGUUAUCUAAUCAUAGGCACUUCUUUUAUUCUAUCUGGUUUUGUGGCCCUCUUCCAUAUCAGGAGGGUGAUGAAAACAGGUGGAGAAAACACAGACAAGUUGGAGAAACUUAUGGUCAGGAUUGGUGUCUUCUCAGUCUUAUAUACAGUGCCUGCUACAUGUGUAAUAGCUUGCUACUUUUAUGAAAGACUUAACAUGGAUUAUUGGAAAAUUGUGGCAAUGCAAUAUAAAUGCAAGAUGAACAAUCAAACUAAACAUUUGGACUGCAUGAUGAAUAAUUCCAUUCCUGCAGUAGAAAUUUUCAUGGUGAAAAUUUUUAUGUUGUUGGUUGUGGGCAUUACUAGUGGUAUGUGGAUCUGGACUUCCAAGACUCUUCAAUCCUGGCAAAAUGUUUGCAGUCAGAGAUUAAAGAAGAGAAGUAGGAGAAAACCUGCAAGUGUUAUUACAAACAGUGGAAUCUACAAAAAAACUCAACAUCCACAGAAAACUCACCAUGCAAAAUAUGAAUCAGCAUUACAGCCACCUACUUGUGUAUGAACAGGAUGUAUAGAAAACUGUAUCUCAGUUUGUAGAGACUUAUAAACGCUCACUGUAGCAAUCAGAAAUAAAAAUUUUAAAAGGUGCUUUUUGUCAGAGAACGGUAUAGCAAAUCAAGGCAAAAAUGUAUGACACUGAAAUUCAGGACCUGUUGAUAAACUGAAGGUAAAUGUACUUAGGAAAAGGUUUUCAGUGAAAGGAAUAUUGUCAAUUAAAGCUGCCUCUUCUGUUACUAAUUUGUAGUAAGAUAUUUCAUCCAGCCCUCUGAUAAAAAAACUAUGUGUAACCUUUAUCUGUAGCUGAGCUGGAGUUCCUACAGGUUUCUAAGUAACAAGAUAUAAUCAAGUUUUACGGAGCUAUGAUUUUUUUUUUUUAGGAGCCUGACUGAAAAUUGUGUCUUUUUGGGGACACUUAAUUCCAUAGAGGCCUAAGUGAAAGCAACUUCUGUGCUAACUUAAGAAAAGAGAAAUCCUUUACAGCGCUUCUUCAGCCUAGGGGGUUUGAAGUAUCUAAAAAUAGGUUCAAUCUAUAAUGCUCACCAAUAUUCUUUCACUAAAAGAGAAACUUCCUGCAUGAGACACAAACUUUGUGAAUAAGAAUAAUGUGCAAUACAUUUUUUUCUUACCAGGACAUGAAAAGAGAAACAAGUAUUUUGCUGUACAUAAAGACAACAAAAGAAAUCUCUUAACAAAAGAACUAAGAGGUCUAGUCCUCAGAAACCCUUUAGUGUUACAUUUUGUGGCUUUUUAAUGGAAAUCAAGCCAAUGUUAUACACGUUUGGACUGAUUUGUGGAAAAAAAAAAAGUGUGUGUGGGGGGGUCAAUUCAAAGAGGCCCAAAGGGCUUAUUGACUCUUUCUAUUGUUAAACAAAUUCUCACCAUGAAUAGAUCAAGAAGCACUAGAUUCUGCAAAGGCAAGCUUUGUAUUGAGUGAUGCUCUUUACUUGUGUUGGAAGGGCACAAUUAUUUGCUGUAUAUAUUUGUAAUAUACAGUUAUUUUUCAUGCUCCACUAUUUUAUAAAAAAUAAAAUAUGUACUUUAGUUUGAUAAUUUUGUCUGCUCUAAACUUUCCAUCAUGUGCUUUGUGAUUAAUAAAAAUUUUUUUCAGUGAUUUACUAAAGGCACAUUUUGAAUAUAGCACAGUGUUUAAUAUGUUAUACUUGACAUAUAAGGACUGCAAGUAUAAUCGGAUUGACCCUUAAUGUGCAAAAGAAGGAAUUGCAAGUUGAAAAAAAAUAAAGAGUUUUAAGUUGCGUCUUUCUAUGAAUCUUUGCAACUGAGAGAACUGA